AGGGACCGGGAAGCGGCGGGGGUCGGUCAGGUGGAGCCCCCAGUCGCACAGCCUCCGCGUGGGCUCCACGGCCCGGCCGGUGGCUCUGCGGCGGCCCUGGGGCGGCGGGCACCGGGGCCCUGAGCGCGCCGACGCCCCGACUCCGGGGCUGAGUUCACAGAGGACCCCGGCCUUGGACCCAGGCUGCCCGGGAACCUGUCCCCAAGCGUCUGUCGUCGUUCUGACGGGAGUGCUUUGCUCCGGGCGGGGGCUUGUUCGUGGGAGGGCUGGAGCGCAGCCCCACAGGUGGUGACAAGGCGACAGGCGCCUCCUUUGAACGCUCCUCGUAAUUCGGUCCAGGCUCCUGUGUGAAGAGCGCCCUGCCGCCGUGGGGACGGAUAACUGCGUGUGCGAUGACGCCUCAGCCUGCAGGCAGCAUCUGGCCGGACGGGCGCGGACGCGGGCACGAAUAGCUCCCGGGGGGCCCAGCGCCUCGCCCGGCAACGGGCGGCUGUGACUGCGUUGUUUUUGCGGAAUGGCACUUCGGAGAGGCACAGUCUUCAGGAUCUAGCGGCGGGGCUCCGCUUUCAUUCUUUUCCUUCAGUACUUUUAUUGUUCCCAAGGCACUUUCCCCCAUGUUUUCGUGGGAUCAGCCUUUUGUUGAACUGACUCAGACCUGCCUGAGCAUCUUGCUAAGGCACUAAAGGGGGAGGAGGCCAGCCUCCUCGAGCCGUUCGGAUUUCUCUUUCCUUUGUUGGGUUACAGAAUAAAUGCCAUAUGAAAAGCAGUUUCAUCUGUCAUGGAAAAACGAGAGACAUUUGUACAAGCAGUGUCUAAGGAGCUGAUUGGAGAAUUUUUGCAGUUUAUUCAACUUGAUAAAGAUGCUUCUGACCCUUUCAGCCUAAAUGAAUUGCUAGAUGAAUUAUCAAGGAAGCAGAAAGAAGAGUUAUGGCAAAGGCUCAAGAAUUUAUUAACAGAUGUGCUGUUGGAAAGCCCGGUGGCUGGAUGGCGGAUGGUGGAAGUCCAGGGUGAAGACAAUAUGGAAACAGAGCAGGAUUCAAAAAUGAAGAAAAACCUAGAAAUAAUUCAUGCAAUUACAUCUGUGAUUCUUGCAUCUGUAUCUGUAAUAAAUGAAAGUGAGAACUACGAAGACUUAUUGGAAUGUGCAGUCGUGUUAAAUGGUAUUUUAUAUGCGUUACCUGAAUCUGAAAGAAAGCUGCAGAACGCCAUUCAGGAUUUGUGUGUCAUGUGGUGGGAGAAAGGCCUGCCUGCCAAGGAAGAUAUGGGAAAGACUGCUUUUAUCAUGCUAUUAAAGAAGAGUCUGGAGACUAAAACAGGUGUAGACAUAUGUCGGCUUUGGCGUAUUCAUCAAGCUUUGUAUUGCUUUGAUUAUGAUUUAGAGGAAAGUAAAGAAAUUAAAGAUAUGCUGCUUGAGUGUUUCAUAAGUGUUAAGUAUAUCAAGAAAGAAGAGGGAAGAAGAUUUCUUAGUUCUCUCUUCAGUUGGAAUAUACAUUUUAUUAAAAUGAUCCAUGAGACCAUUAAAAACCAGUUACAGGGAUUACCAAAAUCUUUGAUGGUACACAUUGCAGAAAUUUAUUUCAGAGCUUGGAAAAAGGCUUCAGGAAAAAUAUUGGAGACAAUCGAGCACGGGUGCAUCCAGGACUUCAUGCACCAUGGGAUUCACCUCCCGCGCAAGUCUCCAGUGCACUCCAGGGUGCGCGAGGUGCUGAGCUAUUUUCAUCAUCAAAAGAAGGUUCGUCAGGGAGUGGAAGAGAUGCUUUACAGAUUAUAUAAACCCAUCCUUUGGAGAGGACUAAAGGCCCGAAAUUCUGAAGUCCGGUCCAACGCUGCCCUGUUGUUCAUUGAAACAUUUCCUAUCAGAGACCCAAACUUCAAUGCCAUUGAAAUGGAUAGCGAAAUCCAGAAACAGUUUGAAGAACUCUAUAGCCUUUUAGAAGAUCCUUAUCCGAUGGUCCGUUCUACAGGGAUCCUUGGUGUUUGUAAAAUAACUUCCAAAUACUGGGAAAUGAUGCCUCCGACCAUUCUUAUUGAUCUCCUCAAGAAAGUAACUGGGGAAUUGGCAUUUGACACAAGCUCAGCUGACGUGCGCUGUUCUGUCUUUAAGUGUCUGCCAAUAAUUUUGGAUAACAAAUUAAGCCAUCCGUUAUUAGAACAGCUUCUGCCUGCACUAAAAUACAGUCUCCAUGACAAUUCCGAGAAAGUGAGAGUGGCUUUUGUUGAUAUGCUGCUGAAAGUCAAAGCCGUGCGGGCUGCUAAGUUUUGGAAAAUAUGCCCCAUGGAGCAUAUUUUGGUUCGUCUGGAAUCAGAUUCCCGGCCUGUGUCUCGACGCCUGGUGAACCUCAUCUUCAACUCUUUCCUGCCUGUGAACCAGCCCGAGGAGGUAUGGUGCGAGCGCUGCGUCACACUGGUCCAGAUGAACCACGCAGCUGCCAGGAAGUUCUAUCAGCACGCCCACGAGCACACGGCCUGCACUAAUAUAGCAAAGCUGAUUCAUGUGAUUCGCCAUUGCUUGAAUGCCUGCAUCCGGAGGGCAGCACAAGAGGGCCACGAGGGCCACGAGGAGAGGGAGAAGGAGAACGUUCUGGACAAAACACUGUCUGUAAGUGAUGUUGCAUCCAUGGCUGGUUUAUUAGAAAUCGUUGUAAUUCUCUGGAAAAGUAUUCAUAGAAGUAUGGAAAAUAACAAAGAAGCCAGAGUUUACACCAUUAACAAGUUUGCCUCUGUGCUCCCUGAGUACCUGAAAGUCUUUAAGGAUGAUCGCUGCAAGAUUCCUUUAUUUAUGCUCAUGUCCUUUAUGCCAGCCUCUGCUGUGCCCGCCUUCAGCUGUGGUGUGAUUUCCACAUUAAGAAACCAAGAGGAAGGAGGAGCAGACAAGCGCUAUUGUACUUUGUUGGACUGUCUCUGCUCCUGGGGACAAGUGGGACACAUUCUGGAACUCGUUUGUGACUGGCUGCCAGAACAGCCCCAGAGCAAGAGUAACUCAGCAUCUAAACGGAAAGUGCAGAUCCAUGAUACACGCCCUGUAAAACCUGAUUUGGCGCUGGUUUACGUAGAGUAUUUGCUCACCCAUCCAAAGAAUCGACAGUGCUUGCUCUCUGCUCCCCGGAAGAAACUUAACCACCUCUUGAAAGCACUUGAAAUGUCAAAGGCAGAUCUGGAAUCAAUUUUGCAGUCGCCAGGUGGGAAACCUCACAACUUUAAUGAAGCGAUGGCUCUGCGAGCCUUCAGCCUCCACUGCCGGCUGAGUAUUCAUCUUCAGCACAAGUUCUGCUCAGAAGGAAAAGUUUACCUGUCCAUUUUGGAAGACACUGGGUUUUGGUUAGAAAACAAAGUUCUAUCUUUUAUCCAAGAUCAAGAAGAAGAAUAUCUCAAGCUUCACAGGGUUGUUUAUCAGCAGAUUAUCCAGACCUACCUGAUGGUGUGUAAAGACGUUGUGAUGGUCGGCCUUGGCGAUUAUAAGUUUCAGAUACAACUUUUACACUGGAGUCUCGGAAUCAUGCAAACAGUGAAGGGAUUCUUUUAUGUGUCAUUACUUCUUGGCAUUCUAAAAGAGGUAACUGGAAGUUCCUUGAUACAGAAACCAGAUUCAGAUGAAGAAGCUGUGACGCUGUUCGAUACGGUCCAGAAAGUAUUUCAGAAAAUGUUGGAAUGUAUGGCACGGAGCUUCAGGAAGCAGCCGGAAGAAGGCCUACGGCUUCUUUACUCAGUUCAGACCCCUCUUCAUGAAUUUCUAAUGACCGUUCAGUCUUGGCAUGCGGACACGCCCGUGCACCGGGGCGUACUUUCCACUGUGAUCGCUGCAUCUGUGGUGGAGAUAAGUCACCGACUACGCAAGGUUUCUGAUGUAGAAGAGCUCACCCCGCCCGAGGGUCUUUCAGACCUUCCGCCAUUUUCAAGGUGUUUAAUAGGAAUAAUAAUGAAGUCUCCGAUUGUAAUCAGGUCAUUUUUAGAUGAAUUACAGGCGUGUGUUACUUCUGAUGAUAUUGAAGGCAUUGUGUGUCUCACAGCUGUUAUGCAUAUUAUUUUGGUUAUUAACAAAGGUAAACAGAGAAGUUCAAGAGUGAAGGAUGUUGCAGCCACUGUUCACAGAAAACUGAAGACGUUUAUGGAGAUCACCCUGGAUGAGGACAGCACGGAGAGGUUUCUCUAUGAAUCGUCAUCGAGGACUUUGGGAGCACUUCUGAAUUCAUAACCAACCUAACAUCUUUGGUCGGGUGAGAACAGAGGAAAAGGACUUCGUGAAAAUGAACUGAAUGUGUAUUUUCCUAGUGUUUCUAAUGUUGAUAAUCUGUGUCAUAGGAGUGGGACUUACUUGGGGAGUUAGAAGUAGGAAAUUCAAAGGUUCUUAGGUUUUUGCCUGGUGCCUGCAUGAAUAAUAUAUUUAACGUAAAGGACUCUAGGUAUUAGUGGUGUGGAAACCCGUGGCGCAAAGGGGGAAAAACACUUUUCUAGCAAACUUGGUUGUUUUAAAAAUGACUUUUGUAUAUAUAAUAUUGCUUGAGACUAUGACUAAUAAAAGCAAUGACAACA